AUACAAAAAUGUUGUGAUGGUUCAAAGUUUAUUAUCAGCAAAUGGCAGAUCAAAUGUUAUUUUUGAAUAAUUAUGGGUUCGAGUGGCCUUUUACGUGUAGAAAUAGUUUUAUGCAAAUGACAAUACUUGGAGGUGGCUCGAAUGAAGAAACACUCCUAGACUUGAAUCACCCAAGAAACUCUGACAAAUGGAUUAUUUUCCGUGGUAAAUACAGCAAAAUAAUAUAUCUCGGCCUGCAGGAAGAAGCUGUUCUUGUGUCACGUGGCUUUGGCCUGUCCCUAUACUGGCAAAAUAACCAUUUAGUCUUGGGGGGGCCAAUGCUGGGAGAUAAUGUGCUUAUUAUCAAGCUCUUUUGAACACGUCUGAUAUGGCAGGAUGACACAGAGUGUGAAAGAAAAGAAAGCAACACGGGGAGAAUAAGCUGCCCGCGCGCACUCCGCGCAGGAGGGAGAGGAGCAGCUCACACGCAGCACUGAGCCGUGCGUGCAGAUGGACAACCGCAACUCCGAGGAUCGCACGGGCGCAUCGCUCCCGCUCGGGGUGGACAGAUCUACCUUUUGCAUUUAGCCUCCGGGAAUAUCAGCGAGCGCGCCCCCCCACAAUGAAGUCCCCUGUGUCCGCGCCGCCCCGGCUGCAACUUCCCACCGAGGAGCGCGUGAUUCACGGAUGCGGGAGGAUCUCCUGCCGGAAUAAAGUUGAGCGAGAGCAGGGAUCGAGUCGGAGUAGCGCUUGAGAGAAAAAAACAAGCGGGACUCGUCGCGAGUAAGAUCCAUUCGUCCCGGAUCACCGAAGAGGAGAGAGGGUUGUUUUUCUUUUUUUUUUUUGCAAGAAAGAGUUGACUUAUUCUCCAGAGCGCAUCACUCGGCCCCUCUUGCAAAAAAAAAAUCAGUCCGGAAAGAAUGAGGUGUCGCUGGGUGAAGCAUGAGCCGUCAGAGGAUCAGUCAUAAGCGGCUGUCUCUGCUAUGGGGGGCGGCGGCUCUGCGCCUCUGGCUCUGCUGCUGCUGCUGCUGGACCGCCGGGGUCGGCGCCGCCGCCGCGUCCGCCGCCGGACAAGACGAGGGCGCCGCCGGCUCCCUGGGCUGGCUGCUCUCCGAUAAGGGGCCCUUCCAGCAGGCCCUGGAGUUCACGGAGGCUGCGGAGAGGCACCAGCAGGGCUACGGCACCAGAUACAAGAUCUACAGGGAGUUUGGUCGAUGGAAGGUCAACAGCCUGGCGGUGGAGAAGAGGGACGGCUUAGGUGGCAGCGGUGGCCUGGCUCUGCCCCUCGACCCCGACUUCACUCACACCAUCCGCCAGCUGGGGAGGCGGCCAACCCUCCAGACGAUUACAGAGAGUCUAAUCAAAAAAUAUGGCACCCACCUCCUCGUCUCUGCCACUCUGGGAGGGGAGGAGUCUUUGACCAUAUUUGUGGACAAAAGGAAGCUCGGCCAGGAGUCUUCGCCCGCGGGGGCCGAUGGCGGCCGCGGCGCCGACAGGAACUCAAACGCCACGGGGACGGUGACCCUGGAGGCCCUCCACCAGCUGGCUGCCUCCUACUUCACCGACAGAGAGAGCACCCUGCGCAGGCUGCACCACCUCCAGAUUGCAUCCACCGCCAUACGGGUAACAGAAACCAGAACCGGGCCGCUUGGAUGCAGCAACUACGACAAUCUGGACACGGUCAGCUCCGUACUGGUUCACAGCCCAGAAAACAAAGUUCAACUUCAAGGGCUGCAGGUGCUCCUGCCCGGCUACCUGCGGAGCCGCUUCAUUCAGGCGGCUCUCAACUACGUGGGCUGUAAAUCCGAGGGCCAGUUUGUGUGCCGCAGCAGCGACUGCUGGUGCGAGUGCAGCGCGGACUUCCCUCUGUGCAACUGUCCCCUCUCUGACCUGCAAACUCUUGAGAGCAACCUGCUGCGCAUCCGAGACACCUGGAGGCGGACAAACCAGGAGUUCGAGGAAUCCGAGGAGUUCCAAAGCUUUGUUGAGAAACUGCCAACCCAUUACGCUGUGAACACAUCUGUCGUGGAACACAUGUGGAGGACGGAUGCCAGCGUGCUCCAGCGCUACAGGCAGCUGGAGACCAGUGGCAACCAGCUUUUCUCUAAAGCUUACCGCACCGUUAACAAGCUCUUCAGCCUCAGCAAGAGGUGCCGAAAACAGCCCAAAAUAGUCCUGCAGAGGACGAGGCCGCUGCACUUUUGGUUGAGCUACGCCCUCUCCAUUUUAUACUGCAGCGAGAACAACCAGGUCGGUGUUUAUAGUGACGAGAACCGCAGCUGCUCCUGCCCCUACAACCACCCGCCCUGCCAGGGCCUCAUUCCCUGCUCUGUGGGCGGCGGGGCCCGCUGCGCCUCCUGUUCCCCGGAGAACAGGACACGGUGCUCCAGCUGCAACGUGGGCUUCACCCUCACCCAGGGGGCCUGCCGGCCCGCCGUGCCCGACCCCACGGAACCCUACCUGGGCCUGGAGAGCGACCGGGACCUGCAGGACCUGGAGCUGCGCUACCUGCUCCAGCGGCGAGACCCCCGCAUCGCUCUGCACGGGGUCUUUGUCAGCAAUGACGUGCGCGUUAACACCUGGUUUGACCCGUCCUGGAGGAAGAGGAUGCUGCUCACCCUAAAGAGCAACCGGGUGAAGUCCAACCGCGUCCACAUGCUCGUUGGACUUGCCCUCCAGUUUUGCCUCACCAGGAACAGCACUCUGGAGCCGGCGUUAUCUCUGUUCGUGAAUCCGUUCGGGGGCAGCCAUUCGGAGAGCUGGACCAUGCCUCUGGGUCAGCACGGAUACCCAGACUGGGAGCGAACCAAGCUGGAUAUCCCUUUGGACUGCUACAAUUGGACUUUAACUCUCGGUAACAGAUGGAAGAGCUUUUUUGAGACGGUUCAUUUCUACCUGAGGAGUCGUAUCAAGGAUCCUGCGGGAGUGACAGGAGGCAACAAGAACGUGACGGUGUACUAUGAGCCCCUGGAGGCGACGGAGCCCUCCAACAACAUCGGCUACAUGAAAGUGAACAGCAUGCAGCUGUUCGGGUACAGCGUGCAUUUUGACCCCGAGGCCAUCCAGGACCUGAUUCUGCAGAUAGACUACCCGUACACGCAGGGAUCCCAGGACUCGGCCCUGCUGCAGCUGGUGGAGCUGCGCUACAGGGUUAACCGCCUCUCCCCUCCCGGAGCCCCACACGUGGAUCUGUUCGCAUGUCUGCUCCGCCACAGACUCAAACUGUCCAGCGCAGACGUGACCAGGAUACUCACUGCCCUGCAAGCUUUCAGUGCCAGACAACCCAAGUACGAGGAGUACGAGGCAAAUAAGCUGUGUAGUUAGUCAAUGGCCACUAUUUGAUGUUUUGUACUAUUUCCUCAGACACAGACAGACCUGUGUCCUGUGUCCAGCUGGAUCCCUUGGUGUCAAGUGUGUGAUUUGUUGUUCAAGGAUGUGUUGUGCAUACACUUAUGUGCCAUUAAAUUUGACGUUUUCGUAAUGUCAGUGUAGUUUUAUGAAAUUAAAAACCCACUGAAAGCGCUUCAAUAUAGAAGGAAACGUUUGUGAGUUACUAAGCAACAAUCAAAUACAAAAUACCCAUAGCCAGUGUUGUUUUGGCCCAUCUGGACCCUCUGAACACAAGGCCCCCAUUCUCCCUUGGGGGUAUGGCCUCAGCACAGAUUACUAAGUGCAUAGUGAGAGAAGGGAGCGCCGGAGCAGCCGGCCUCUGCUCCUCUGGCGUCCCCGUCCGCCAUUCACACUUACUGUGAUAGAUGAGCUGGAGCCCGCUCAGAGACAUGCAAACAAAAGGUACGCUAUGGUAUCAGGGCCAAGGGCCGGACUCUCGUCCAGCGCCGGAGCGAGUCGGACAUUCAGAAGAGAGACUCAAACCGAAUCAGCUUGAAAGUCCCCAAGGCUACAGGCCCGCAGCAGGGUGCGGCUUUGAUUGUAGACUAGCAUCUGAUGGGCUUCAUCAAGAGUCACCUGACAUUUCUCCCAAGAUUAAAACCAGACACAAUAUGCUCUGGCGCUAUUGUUCGGAGUGUAGAAGGCCAUUGAGGCAGUUUUGAUUAUGAGAUGAGGUGUCGAACAAACUACUACCAGCAUCCCUACUGUCAUCCAGACGACUGUAGUGUACAGUAUGAGAUGCGUUGAUGAAGAGUGUGUUACGAAUAAAAUGUGUCAUCAUUAUUAUGAUGCAUUAUGCUGCAGCGUUGCACCCAAAGUUAAUAAUAGCAAUGCUGAUUGAAUCAGUUUAUCUGACACAGAGUAGAUUGGCAAAGUAAGACUUUCAUGUUGAGCAUCAUCCAUAUGCUGCAUAUCAACUUCAACAUUGAUUUUUCUUAAAUCGAUCCGUCCCCAGUCUACUGAGCUGUCAGAUACCACAGGAGCACAGUGAUGAGAGGUUAUCAUGUUGGGCUCACCUUAUAUUUGCCUUUUCAUUUUUUCCUGUUCAAAAGUUAUUUAACCUUACAGCAGUUUAUUUUAGAAGUUGCUGUGGGAAUUUUUUAUCAGGGCAGAAUCUACCAAUCUGUACUGUGUGUUUUAAUUGGCUGCGGGGGACAAGUUGUGUGAAGGAAAGAUAUUGAAGCUGGAUCACGUCCCAGUAGGGUUCAUUCUGGAGGUUAAACAUUGAGCAUCUGGUGUGAUUUGAGAAUCUUUUUACCAAGUAAAUAUUCUGCAUCUGGGUGCUAAAAUGUGGCGCAGUGCAUCUGGAAGCAGCCCAGUGAUCCUCAAGGUUGAGACACAGGGAAGAGAAUUAAGGAGUGGGUUUAAACAUUCUGACGAGGUUUGUUGAAAAUGGAUUUAGAUAAAAAAAGAAAACAACAUGAGCAUUUUCCAAUAGACAGUGAUAAUAGAGAAGAAAGUAAUUAAAGUUAAACAGAUUUUAGCAGCAUAUAAAGUUUACCGUUAAUUAGGUCCCGAAAGCAUCUGUACCGGUAUUUUUUAAUCUUCCAUCUUGAGGACAAUGUGGGCAAAGACAAACAGUCACGACAAAAAAUAAUUAUUUUCUUGCCAAGAGUUACCUGAGUAAAUGUAUACCACUCACAUCAUUUUCUUUGCAUUUCAGUUACUAGUGAUUUUAUAACACGUUAAUAGUGAUUUUGGCAGUUGUUGGCAGGUUGUUACAUUUGGAACCAGACCGGCUCGCUUUUCUGAUGAUUUCAAUUCUUUAUGCAACUAUUAUAUCAAACAAACAGAUAUAAUAGGUUUACAUCUUCUAAUCUGAAUCUGGAGUAAUCCUUUCAAGUUGAGACUAAAAGUGUCUAAAAUGGAUCACGUGUUGUUCAUAUAGUGCUUGCCUGCUUACCAUCCCACUGAGGCCUGCUCCUCAUAUUUCACCACUUUCUCUAAAAGAAUAGUUACAAAUGGAGAGCAAAAAUUCCUCUUUGUAAAUUCAGCAACUUAUUAAAAUGGACACAUACCCAGGGAACCAUUCCUGAAAGCAGCAGUGAGAAGCACAAAAAUAAUUAGCAAGAGUUGAUUUUUAAACAACCGCCAGAUUGUGAACUCGCCGUGGCAACUGGACACAACCGACGAGACCCUAAUGAGAAAAUCCUUAGGUUGAAUUACUAAAAGAUUUGAUUGGAACAAUACGGUCUUGCUCUGUUUAUUUUAUCAGUAAUAGCUGUGCAAUGGCCUGAGUGUGCGGCGCUCUGGGGCUCAUGCAGGAGCUCACUGGAUCUCUCCGCUCCACAGACCUGGAUGCUGGAACACAUCUGGCCUGAUGUGCACAUUUAGUUCACCACAUUGAUGAUUGGUUUUGAGUUGAUAAACUUUGGGCGGUUUUUCUAUUUGAUACUUCAGAAUACUCUUGAUUCACCUCCAUGCUUUUAGGGAACUUGUAUGUAUUUACAGUAAUGAGACUCCCCUCGACUACACUUAACCUGCCGAAAUGUAUGCAUCAAACAAACGUGCAUCAACAAGUUGGGAUAAUAAGUUACAUUUUUAAAUAUUUGUCACAAGGUUCCUUCUUUAUCGGGAUAUUUAUAAUUUGAAUGAAGUGGAAAAUUUGCAUAUGUUCUCCCUCUGCUAAAGCAUUCUGGGUCAAAUUUCCUCCAGUUUAAGCCAAAAAACACUCUUGGUUCUUUAGAGGUGGGAUGCUGGGUCGAAGAAAAAUAUGUAUGUUUAGAGAGGUUUCAUCUGAGGGCAGGCAGGGACUAUAAUGUGCGCACACACACACACACACACACACACUAACAGGGCAGAGGCUGAGUGAUAAGAAGGAGCUUUGGCUUGGCAGGCUUGUGGGCCUCUGAGGAAACAUGAGUUGGACUAAUGUGUGUGUCUGCUUAACAAGCAUGCUGGUGAUGGGAGGCAGGGGCUCAGUGAAGGGGAAGAGUUUAUGGAGAGGACAACCACAUGGGAGGCAUCGGGAAUAAUAGCUGACGGUGCGUCAGAGCAGCCCAGACUCGCUAUAAGAGCCACGAGGGACGCCCUCGUUUGAAACUAACUGUAGAGCAUUGCUUCUUUCCAGACCUUUUUACGACGAAGAGAGCACACAAAGGAGCUGGAAACAGUUUGUUUGCGCUGUGACCUCAUUGGAGGUCCACUGGUGCCAUCAGUCCUGAACAAGAAAACAUUUUUGCUACAGGAGAUGCGGUUGGGCGAUGGGGGCACUCAUAGCUGUUCUCUACACUCUAAAUGCUGCCUAAUGGAAGCUAUUAAAAUCCCAUUCAAUUAGCAUUAGGACAUGUUAAUUUAGAAAUUGAGAGUGUGGAGUGUUAAGAGAUCUUAAAAUGGGUUGUAAUGUAGACUGGAAUAAUUAUAAGACAUCAAAUCAGGGGAUGCAAAUCUGGCAGGGUAAUAAGACAAAUCACAUGAGAUUUGACACUCCACUGUUGGAAUAUGAUGUCACGGUAAACAAAGAUAUCCAAACUGCACCUCAUCAUCGGCCGACAUUUGAAUGCAAUGCCUACAUACGUCACAUCAUGAUUAAUGCAUCUGGAAAAUAUGGGUAUUCUCAUUCCAAAAAGUAGUAGUAAUGUCAAGUGUUGCCCUCAGGAUUUUCCCUUUGACAGAGUGGCAAAUCCUCUCAAUCAGAAUGAAGCGCUGAGCACCAGAGACACUAAAAAUAGCACAAAAUAAGCAAGACUGAUGGAAUGUGGAAAUCAGUCAGCGAGACAUUCAAUGUCAAGAGAAACUAUGAUUCACAUUGACUUUUUUAAUAGGGUCAGGGUUUUGAAAAACUGAAUCAACUAACUUUACCAUAAUAUAUUUCUGGUUUGAAAUCAUUUCAAUUGGGCCAUAGAGGAAACUGAUGUAAUAAAAACAGGAUGACUAUGACUACAAUAAUACGAAAAUGUCCACUAUUCACCCAGUACAUCUGUGAAAAGAUAUAUAUUGGUUGGUUUUGCUAAUCCAGGAGAUUGUUCAUUGUGCUGUAAAACAAAAUGAAGUUACUAAUGAGAUGCUUCAGAAUAAUUCAGACCUGCCUUUCUGCUCCCCACGAGCAGCCAUAAUCAACAUCAUCAUCUUAUUUCAUUUUGAGAGCUGUGUGGUGCACAAUAAAAUGUUGGGGAUCGGUUCCUCGCCAAGAUUAACAACGACAGUGGCUUUUGGAUUUACAUAAAGUCUUUUUUUAUAAUGAGUUGUGUCGCCGCACCCACCUCCAAACACACACACAC